AUGACGCCUCGACAGCUGUUACUGCUACUUGUUAGCACUGCCUUCGCCUCUGGAAGACCUCGCAUGGUAGCCGGAGAGGACGAGAAUUUCUUGCUUCCAAAUAACGCACCUGACCGCAGCGGUGCUAAACAGGCGCCGGGGGAACGAACACCCGCACAGCUUCUGACGGACAAAUUCUCAAGGUUGACUUUGCUAUCGGGCGGCUGUGUUCUCUUCUUUUUUCUUAUCUGGGCCACAGCCCUCCGUUUCUCCGCCCACCUGAGACGGCUGGUGAACUUGAGCAAUGAUACGCAAAAAUAUUUUAUCUCUUCAGAUAAGAAGUGGUCAUGGCUCAAAAAGAAUAUUUUAUACGCACCCUUAUUUCGCACCAGACAUAAUCGUGAAUUUCGACUGUCAUCAGCGAUCAAUUUUGGGACUCUCCCUACCAGGUUCCAAGCGGCGAUGCUUACCGGUACCAUUAUGGUAAAUGUCAUCUUGUGCUUUGUGACCAUCCCACACCGCGCCUCCGAAGAAAUUCUGCUUGGUACUAUACGACACCGCACUGGUACGAUGGCCGUUGUAAAUCUGAUUCCGCUCGUUGUCAUGGCUGGAAGAAACAACCCUCUGAUUAAAUUCUUGGAUAUUUCGUUUGAUACUUGGAAUCUACUACAUCGCUGGCUUGGGCGAAUCGUGGUUGUUGAGUCCGCGGCCCAUGUUACUGCAUGGGCCAUUAAUAAAGUGCAUACUAUGGGAUGGGACAGCGUUAUGGCAUCCUUUAGGGAGAGUGAAUUCAUUAAAACCGGACUAAUUUCUACCGUUGCCUUUACUAUACUCCUCCUUCAUUCUCCCUCGCCGAUUAGACACGCUUUCUACGAAGUCUUUUUACAUUUCCAUAUCACACUGGUCAUUAUCGCACUGGCUUUUCUCUGGGUCCAUCUAAAAAAUUCUCAACUUCAACGGCACUAUUUGAUCGCGGCUAUCAGCCUAUGGGUUGUUGAGAGAGCUGUGCGUUUGACACGUCUAAUAUAUAUUAAUCUUGGUAAAGGGGGAACCAACGCUACUGUCGAAAUUCUGCCCGGCGAUGCUAUGCGUAUCUCGUUGAAUAUGGCACGACCGUGGGCUUUCAAACCAGGCCAACAUCUGUAUCUUUAUAUUCCUGCAGUGGGCUUUUGGAUGUCACAUCCGUUCACCGCUGCGUGGGGCGAUGUGGUAGAAGCCAUUCCAGAUGAAAAGGACUCCGUUUCUUCCCAACGAGAUGCUUUCACAUCUCGAAAACCUGUCAUCUCCCUUGUUGUUCGACGGAGAACAGGACUGACAAAUGACCUCUAUGAGCUGGUCGACAAGAACUCGGAGAAGCAGCUCACGCUCAGAGCCCUAGUGGAGGGGCCCUACGGCACUGAGCACACCCUUGACUCGUAUGGAACAGUGGUGCUUUUUGCGGCUGGUGUUGGAAUUACUCAUCAGAUAUCCUAUGUGCAACGGCUCGUCGAGGGGUUCUCUGAUGGUACUGUUGCUGCUCGGCGAGUGACAUUGGUCUGGAUUAUACAAUCCCUCGAUCACCUGGAAUGGGUCAGGCCCUGGAUGAACCAUAUCUUAAAGAUGGAUCGCCGUCGAGAAGUUUUGCGAAUUAUGCUGUUUAUCACAAGGCCACGCUGCACCAAAGAACUCCAGUGUUCCAGUUCCACAGUGCAGAUGUUCCCCGGAAAACCUGACAUCGGGGUCCUGCUUGACCGCGAGGUAAAAAAUCAAAUUGGCGCCAUGGGGGUACUCGUAUGCGGCACGGGAAGCCUAAGCGACGAUGUUCGUCGUGCAUGUCGGGAGAGACAGUCCCCAACACAUAUUGAUUUUGUGGAGGAAUGUUUUACGUGGUAA